AUGAACGAGAGGUACGGACCGGGCAAAUCACGCAGGGAGCAGUCAGAAAGAUGGCGUAAGCUGCGCAACAUCGUGCAGUGGACGCCCUUCUUCCAGACAUACAAGAAGCAGCGCUACCCCUGGAUCCAACUCGCCGGUCACCAGGGAAACUUCAAAGCGGGGCCCGACCAGGGGACCAUACUUAAGAAACUGUGCCCACAGGAGGAGAGAUGCUUUCAGUUACUGAUGAAAGACAUCCUUCGGCCGUUUGUCCCCGAAUACAAGGGCCAAGUGACAUGCGAAGAUGGAGAACUGUACCUCCAACUUCAAGACUUGCUUAGCGAUUUUGAUUCACCAUGCGUAAUGGAUUGCAAGAUUGGAGUCAGGACAUAUUUAGAAGAGGAGCUAGCUAAAGCGAAGGAGAAAACUAAAUUGAGAAAAGACAUGUAUGAAAAAAUGAUACAGGUGGAUCCAAAAGCGCCAACGGAAGAAGAACAUAGAAGCAAAGGCGUUACGAAGCCGAGAUAUAUGAUUUGGAGAGAGACUAUAAGCUCGACUUCAACGCUCGGUUUUAGGAUAGAUGGAGUAAAGAAGGCUGAUGGGACCAGUUCGAAAGACUUUAAGACCACAAAAACUAGAGAACAGAUAGUAGAAGCGUUUCAAGAUUUUACAAGCAGUUUUCCAAAUGCAGUGCCAAGGUAUCUUGAAAGGCUGAAAAACAUCAGAGCGACAUUGAUAGAGUCGCAUUUCUUCAGAACGCACGAGCUUAUCGGCAGUUCGUUGCUCUUCGUCCACGACAAAAGGAAGGCGUCCAUUUGGAUGAUCGACUUCGCAAAGACCGUACCCGUGCCCGAAAAUGUGAAUAUCGACCACAACUCCGCUUGGAAAGUCGGCAACCAUGAAGAUGGAUACCUCAUCGGUAUCAACAACCUCAUUUCCAUUUUCGAGUCCUUAACGAAGGAUGACAAUGGAAACAUCGAACAGUGCUAUUCGGACCUGAGCUUGGAUAAAAACGUUCGGCGGGACAGUUUAGCCACU